AUGCAUUCUCUGGUGCUGUGGUUGAAAGCUGAUCCGAGGACAUCAAGUAUUUUAACUGACGUUGAAUACUUGGAGUCACUGAAUGUUGAUGUCACUGGAAGAAUUAUGACACCCGAGAGAAGAAAAUCAUUUCCGAACGCUGUAAUGGUAAAGAAACGUAAGAUGGCAUCAAAUAAAAGGAAGGUUACGGAGGCAGCAUCAAGUGUAUAUGUUAAAUCAAACGAAAAACUUCUCAAAGAAAAAUCGAUUUUCAGUGACAGCGCAGACGAAUAUGACGAAAAAGAAACGAUUCACGUCAAAAAAUGCAAGGGCCAGGAUUACAGCAGAAAGCUCUUCUCUGAGGAUCGUGCCGAUAAGAUCAAAAAGGAUGAUCGAAAGCUGAAAGAAAAUCGUCGUUGCGACAAAAAAGGAAACAGCAAUAACAUUGCGAAAUUAUCCAAGAAACGACGAGUUAAAGUUACGGAGGAAAGAAAAAACAAAGGUGAGCAAUUGCGAGAAAAAGGAAAGAAAAAUAUACAACAGCGAGAGAAGGAUGCACCAGAGCGCGAUGAUAAUGAGGUUCUCGAAGAUGAGAAGAGAAACCGAGAUGCAGCUGAUAUGAGCAACAAAGGUGUAGACCGUCGCGAUGCUGACGGCGCAGCUGCAGCGAAAUGUGUCCAGGAUCAAAAGCCUCGCCAAUAUGUUAUUGCAGCAGGUCACAGCCGAAACGACGAGCUCUACGGUGGUGAAGAUGCACAUGAUUUCGGUCGCGAUGAUGAAAAUGGCGAGGCUGUUCAGAAUGCGAAUGACGAAUUCGGUAACAGCGAAAACGAUGAGCACCGUAGAGCAGGCGUAGAUGUUCGUGGACAUAACCAUGAUGACGAAAUUCCAAGAGGUGCUGCUGCAGGUCGUGACCACGAUGCUGAUAACGAUGAAAAUCGAGACCCGAAUAUAAAGAAUUCGUUGGUAUCCGAUAAACCUGAAGAAGGAAAAGUAAAUAAUUACUUUUAUUUCAAGGGAUGUCAAGAAAAUUGA